UGAUUCGAGAGAAGCUGUGGUGAUGGCACCAUAGCUUGUUGUGACACGAUUCAUUUAGCUGAUUCUGUUGUAAAAACGUUUUUUUAACGGAACGUGGAGGGACCUAACUGAAUUGAUUCAAUAGAAACUCUUGUUUUAUUUGCAAAUGUUCUGUUUGGGCAACUUGUUUGGACUAAUGAUUACAUCCCAUGUUGGGACAGUAGUUUAACCUGACCAGUUAUAGCCAUAGACAAUAACUAGGGCACAAUGUUUUUCCAGGUUAGGUCUCUGGAAAAAACUCCUGGCCCUAAUCCCAUGUAAUUUGUUUCUCUUGAGCUCUUCAUAUGUUUUUCGAUAUUACUCCCUCUGAGUCUUCUCCCUCCACCCUCCCAUUCUGAAUGUAGUCUGUGUACCCAUAUUCAAAUUCCCAUUUCCCUUAAAUGACCUAACCAUCACAAUAGGGGAAUUUAUGUUCAGAAUUAGGGAGUGAGGAAGAAGGUGCCUGCACAUUUCAGUAGAUCAAACGCUGUGCCCGCAGUUGGUUUGAUUUUGUUCCGCUUGAGAGGGUACCCAGAACGAAGAAGUCUGUAUCCCAUCUGUUGAAGAAUGGACAGGAUUCAACAUCUGUUAUUAUGGGCUGUGUUGGUGGUGUGCUGUUUAGCUGAGCGGCAGUACUUCCUCCAGCCGAACUCAUCCACCUGGGAACAGGCCAGACUCCACUGCCAGGUGUGCUAUAAAGACCUGGUGAGCCUCUCCCCUGACAACAACCUGCAACUCGUCCAGAACCUAAACUCUAGUUACUGGAUCGGCCUCCGCAAGACUAUGCGCAAUGACUCCUACCCCUGGUCCAGCUGGUCCAACGGAGACCCCCUCACCUUCCAGAACUGGUACCCUGGCCACCCCGUACUCUCCAAGCCCAAGGACCAUGUGAUGAAAGUUAACUACGGCUCCAGCCUCCCCAAUGAAUGUCGGUGUUCCUGCACCAAUGAGAGCAAGCCUACCAAUGUUACCCCGGCACCUACUGCUGCCGGUAGCUACAAUGAUACUGGUUACGGUAAUGAUACAGAUGACCCUUUCCCAGAGGAUAAAAACAUGACAAAGUUAUCAACGAUGGAAGCCAUGGCAAAGAUGAAAGUAAUAGAGAAAGCUGAGAGGACAACAAUGGCAACAGAGGUGACAACGAUGACAUCUGAAAUGACUACGGGACCAACGUUCUUUACAGGAGUUACUGGUGGCAUCAGUGAGACGGACACAGAUGAGAACCAGUGCAUAGCCCUAUACAGUUUUGGACUUUGGUUUGAUCAAAUCUGCUCAAAGCCUACCCCCUAUAUUUGCUAUGAAGACCGUUUCUACGGGAACGCCACCAUGACCAACAAGACCCUACACAACGGGACUCUGCACUGGACCCGCGGGCCUGGUGACAUCAGCGACUACAGGGUGGAGGUCAACUCCUCUGACUACAACCUGACCCUAAACCACAGCAACUUGAACCGGACUUACUUGACCUACGACCUUUCCAACCUCACCGCCGGCACCCAGUACAAAGUCCAGGUGUUCCCCAUUAAGUGUGGAAGGGACCUCAACCCACAGAAUGUCUCCUUCUACACCAAGCCUGAUGUGAUCAAAUACCUCAACGUCACCAAGGUCUCAGAAACCAACAUCUCCCUGUCCUGGUCCGCUCCUGAGGGCAACCGUGACUUCUACUACAUCCAGGUGAGGGGUCAACCUCAUCUGAAAAUGACCACACACACAGAGAGCGCUGUGGUGAAAGGCCUGAUACCGGGGGGGUACUACACAUUUGACGUCAACGCCAAAGUGGAGGACGAGUCCAUGGAGGGAGACUCACUGAACAUCUCCUCCUACACCAAGCCAGGAAAGGUGUCAAACUUAAAGGUGUCUGAUCCUACUGCUGACUCUGUCCACCUCCAAUGGGAGCAGCCCGCAGGGAAUAUCUCUGGGUUUAGAGUGGACGUCUUGCAUGAAGAAAACGUCAAUAACAAGACGCUGAAAUACAUAGACCUGAACAAUACAAGUCUACGGGUCACGGAACUGCCGGAAGGCGCCAAGCUCUGGCUGAGCGUGGUAGCACUGGUGCCCGAUGCAUCUGUGAAAGGAGAGCCCAGCACUGUGAUUGCCUUCACCAGUCCAGGUGGCAUUACAGACUUAGAGUUGGUCCCUGCUACGUACACCAUCAAGGUGACCUGGACAGCUCCCACGGGCAACUACGAGACUUUCAGCGUUCAGCUCAAAUUAACCGCCUUGGAACAGGAAGUCGAAAAAAAGGAGCAAAACACCAGUUUUCUCUCCUUCACGGGACUGAAGGCAGGAGCCGAAUAUACAGUGACAGUCACCACUCUGAAUGGGUAUCUCAAGAGCCAACCAAGUAGCAGAACAGUUUUCACUUUUCCUGUCCAACCGGAACCGGCCAAAAUCGACUCCUUCAGUGAGAGUCAUGUCACCCUGUCAUGGGGAGCCCCCAAGGUAUCCCAAGGCGUAGAACUGACGUACCUGGUCAAAUACACCACUGAAUUCUGGAAUUUGGCAAAGAAUGUCGUUGUGAAAAAUGCCACCACCUAUAUAUUUCACGGGUUGCAUGCUGGGACCAACUACGACUUCGAAGUACGAGUGAAGGCGGGAACCCAGGAAAGCAGUCCGGUCACAGUAUCACAGAUGACAAUUGCUAAGAAGAGGGUUCUGACUAUUACCAUGAAGUGUUCCUCCAGCGUACCCCUCCACUGCGAGGACAUCCGCACACAGACAGAGGUCCUGUCAAAGUUGCAGGAGCAUUUCCGCAAGGAGUUCUACAAGAAGAUAGAUAUUGUGUUCUGGGAACUGGACUGGAGAGAGGCAUAAUAUCUCACACAAGCUUGACCAAAUACUACUACUUUAAUACACAUUUAUGGGAAUUUGCCGCAUCACUUUUGGUCCCCUAAAAUGGGGGUACUAUAUACAAAAAGCGCUGUAAUUUCUGCACGGUUCACCCGAUAUAAAUGAAAAUACACUCAAAUUAAAGAGUACAGAGUACAUAUCUACUUUAACCUCGUAGUCACUGUAUCAUUUCAAAUCCAAAGUGCUGGAUUACAGAGCCAAAAUAAAAACAACUACUUUCCCA